AUGGAUAUAGUGACGUUUCAACAUUGCUUUAACAAGCAUGAUGUCGAUGACAACUUUUAUCCAAAUGGUUUCCGAACAAAUGCCGAGAACGAAAAAGUUUCCAUUGUUAGGAAUAUUCGUUCUGAUUUGCGUAUUUUUGAUAUCGGUAUCAUGUGUGAUUCUUGUCACUUUCCCCGAAAAGACAAAACCUUCAAAUCAAAAGGAGAAAGUGAUCAGAACCUGGAAGGAAAGACUCCGCAACUU